AAAGAAACGAAAUAAACAUAACCACAAAUUCACAAAAAAAAUCAAUCAUUAUAAAUAAAUAGUAGGUGAUUUAAUGAAAUGACGGAACCAAAUUUUGAAGACAAGAUGAGUGUAAACGAAGAAUCCAUGAACGUAGACGAAGAUGAAAACAGUGACUCUUCGAGCUCUAGUAGCGACAAUGAAGAAAGUCAGCUUCUUAUCAGAGCCGAAGACUUGGAAAAACAGAUCUCAGCCAAUGAAAACCUAUACGCUGUUCAUGAAGAAUUGGUAGACAUCUACCGGAAAACUGAAGAUCUCAAUUCCAUGAGAGAGGCCUAUGAGAGAUUUCGAAAAGUUUUUCCACUGACACCCAAAUUAUGGCUAGACUGGUUGAGAAUUGAAGUCAACCUUGCUAACACAUCUGGAGAGAAAGAUAAACUUUUUACACUCUUUGAACAAGCCGUAGAAGAUUAUCUUUCUGUUGAACUGUGGGUAGAAUUUGCCCAAUUCUCCAUUGGUGCCUGUGACGUGGCUAAAACCCGUUCCGUAUUGGAACAAGGACUCACCUCAGCAGGGCUCCAUGCAAGUGAAGGUUCUCUUCUCUGGGAUACCUUACGUGAGCUAGAAAAUGCUCGUGUUUCUCUUUUCCCGGAUAAUUCAGAAGAAUGGAAAAACCAGCUGUGCAAACUGGCCGACGUAUUCAAACGACAGCUCUCGGUUCCUCUUCUAAAUACAGAAAAUACUUACCAAGAGUGGCAGGAGUGGUCAAAAACCUUACCGGAAGGGCUCGUGGACCCGAAGCCUGUAGAAUGGGCCUACAAGAAAAGCAAGCAACUUUUAGAGAUCUACAAAGAAUUUGAAGAAAGGUUACUGACUGCUGAGAGUACAGAGCUUUUGAAUGUUUAUAAGGAGUAUAUAAAAGUUGUCAAAGAUCCGUCUACAGUGCUGUGUCUAUACGAAAGGGCAGUAGCUGCACUUUGUCUGACACCCCAGCUGUGGGAGGAAUACUGCAUGUAUGCUUUUAAAUUGGGCGAGGUAGCAGAUAAAGUAAGCAAAAGGGCCGUGAGAAAUUGUCCAUGGAGUGAAGAACUAUGGAUUUUGAGGUUGAGGAUAUUGGAGGCAUGUAAAAAAGACAAGAAAAUAGUUCUGAAAUGUUUUGAGGAAGGUUUAGCAAACGUAUCAACAAAUUUAGAUUUAUGGCUGACAUACAUCGAAUAUACUUACAGAAACGGGAACGAUAACUCUAAGUUAGACAGACUUUUUGCUCAAGCUCAAGAGCAAGUGCCUCUGGAAAUUGAUACAACUAACAAGCUGGGUAGGUUGCAUGCCAAGCUAGUGGCAAAAAGAGGUGACCUGUCAGCAGCCCGAAAAAAGUGGGGAGAGAUAAUGGGACAACAACAAAAUAAAGAUAAGGCAAGUGUUUGGUUGGAGUAUGCAAACUUCGAAAGACAGUAUGGGGAUGCUAGUCACUUGAGGACUCUCUUCAAAAAAGCACUGUUGGCUUGUAAAGAUUGGCCACAAUACAUCGCUGAAGAAUGGCUGAUGUUUGAAAGAGAAUCGGGAACUCUGGAAGAUGUCAUGAAUUGCUGGCAGAAAUGUCGAACUAUUCCAAAGGCAGUAGUACCUCUAGAACCUCAAGCUCUAGAACCUCAGGAAAUCGUGGAGCAGCCAGAGCAAAGACGAUACCAGCCAGACAAAAAUAAGAAACGUAAACAGUUCGGUCCUAGAAAUGAUGUAGAGAGUAAAAGGCCGAAAUUUGUUCAUAUACCAGAGGACAAGGUUGCCGCUCGUCCUUCAGCUACCAAUGCCGUAGAUAAGAAUCCCAAAACGACAGUCUUUGUCAGCAAUUUGCAUCCAGCUGUUGAUGAGAAUCGUCUGAGAGAACUUUUCCCAAAUGCCGUCCAAAUAGAGGUAGUACAGGACAAAAAAGGAAAAUCCCGCUGCUUCGGUUACGUACAGUUUUCGAAGGAGGAAGAGGUCAUGGUGGCCUUGGCCAGAGACAGGGUUCCUAUCGACGGUCGACCACUAUUCAUUUCCGAAAUAAACCCCGGCAAAGCAGAGAGAAAACCCGCAUUCAAGUACGCGAAUGCCCUAGAGGAACACAAACUUUUCGUCAAGGGACUGCCACUAGAUAAGACUAUUCAGGAUGUUAAGGAAAUCUUCAAACCCUACUCUCCUGUAGACGUCAGACUCGUCUCGAAGCGGAACGGUGUGUCAAAAGGCAUCGCUUUCGUAGAGUUCAAGACCUCGGACGAAGCGCAGACGGCUCUAAAAGCCUUGGACAAAUCUACGGUCGGCGAUAAUACCAUCGAAGUGGCAAUUAGCGCACCACCGCCAAAAGGUACCCCGCAACAAAAGCCAGUAGACGAACCUAUUCGGCAUUCGAGAAGCAGGCUACAGAUACCGAUGGUGCCCAGGUCUGUGCAAGUGAAGAAAGCUGAAGGCGGAGUUAACGGAAGCGGUUCGGAGGGCAAGAAGAGCAACGCAGAUUUCAGGAAUAUGUUGCUCAAGAAAUGACUUCUGUUAUUUUGUUAACUACUUUUAACAGUUUGGUGAUGUAUCAGUGGCGCUCCCUUGGCUUGGCCAGGAUUGUUUUAUCAUUUCAUGUAUUGGUUUCUUCAUUUCUCCAUGACCUUGGAAAAAGGGGGGUUUUUUGUUUUCAGGUGAGCCAAAAUAAAUACUCCUGAAGGAGAAAGAGAAGCACCAGGAAAGUUGAGAAUGUUUUAAUAAAUAUUACAGGGAAAGCUUUA